GGCCUGACAGCGCGCGGAGGGAAAAAUCCGCGAGACCGCGGCGGGGGAAGAUGGCGGUGCUGGGCCAGAGUUCGCAGUCUUUGUGACCAGGCGAGGCCAGCCACUGUUGGGGUCAUGGCGUCAAACUCCGCCAAGUCUUUCCUGGCCGAUGCCGGCUACGGCGAGCAGGAGCUGGACGCUAACUCCGCUCUUAUGGAGCUGGACAAAGGUCUGCGCUCUGGCAAACUUGGGGAACAGUGUGAAGCUGUUGUACGAUUUCCCAGGCUUUUCCAGAAGUACCCGUUUCCCAUUCUCAUCAAUUCAGCAUUCCUAAAGUUAGCGGAUGUUUUCAGGGUUGGAAACAACUUCCUGAGGCUGUGUGUUCUCAAAGUGACUCAGCAGAGUGAAAAGCACCUGGAGAAGAUUCUGAACGUGGACGAGUUUGUGAAAAGGGUGUUCUCAGUGAUCCAUAGUAACGACCCUGUGGCGAGAGCCAUCACCCUCCGGAUGCUGGGGAGUCUGGCAUCAAUCAUCCCCGAAAGGAAGAAUGCCCAUCACAGUAUACGGCAGAGUUUGGAUUCCCAUGAUAACGUAGAGGUUGAAGCUGCUGUGUUUGCGGCUGCAAACUUUUCUGCACAGUCCAAGGAUUUUGCUGUGGGAAUCUGUAACAAAAUCAGUGAAAUGAUUCAAGGGUUGGCCACGCCAGUGGACCUGAAGCUGAAGCUGAUCCCCAUCCUGCAGCACAUGCACCAUGAUGCCAUCUUGGCCUCCAGUGCCCGCCAGCUCCUACAGCAGCUGGUCACGUCCUAUCCCUCCACCAAAAUGGUCAUCGUGUCUUUGCACACUUUCACUCUGCUUUCAGCCUCCUCACUGGUUGACACACCCAAGCAGAUUCAGCUUCUGUUGCAGUAUUUGAAGAGUGACCCCAGGAAAGCAGUGAAGAGGCUUGCUGUUCAGGAUCUGAAGCUGCUGGCUAAUAAGACACCACACACGUGGAGUAAGGAGAACAUUCAGGCACUCUGUGAAUGUGCCCUCCAGACUCCUUAUGACAGCUUGAAACUAGGGAUGCUGUCUGUCCUUGCCACGCUGUCCGGGACCAUCGCCAUUAAACAUUACUUCAGUGUAGCUCCAGGAAAUGUAGGUUCUUCCCCCAGUUCUUCUGAUUUAGUCAAAUUAGCCCAAGAGUGCUGCUACCAUAGCAACAGGGGCAUCGCAGCUCAUGGAGUGAGAGUGCUGACGAAUAUAACUGUGUCUUGUCAAGAAAAAGAUCUGUUGUCGCUGGAGCAAGAUGCUGUCUUCGGCCUGGAGUCCCUUCUGGUGCUGUGUAGUCAGGACGACAGUCCGGGUGCUCUGUCCACUGUGAAGAUUGCUCUCAACUGUAUGGUCAAGCUGGCCAAGGGCCGGCCCCAUUUGAGCCGGUCGGUGGUUGACACUUUGCUGACUCAACUGCACAGCUCUCAGGAUGCGGCCCGGAUCCUCAUGUGCCACUGCCUGGCAGCCAUCGCCAUGCAGCUCCCGGUGCUGGGGGACGGAAUGCUUGGUGACCUUGUGGAGCUCUACAAGGUGAUUGGACGAUCAGCCACAGACAAGCAGCAGGAACUUCUGGUAAGUUUGGCUACUGUGAUUUUUGUAGCGAGCCAGAAAGCCUUGUCUGCGGAGGUGAAGGCAGUCAUCAAGCAGCAGCUGGAGAGUGUCUCCAGUGGGUGGACUGUGUACCGGAUUGCCCGGCAGGCUUCCAGAAUGGGCAACCAUGACAUGGCCCAAGAGCUCUACCAGAGUUUGCUGACGCAGGUGGCAUCAGAGCACUUCUACUUCUGGCUGAAUAGUCUGAAGGAGUUCUCACACGCGGAGCAAUGUCUGACUGGGCUGCAGGAGGACAGCUUCAGCUCAGCACUUUCUUGCAUUGCUGAGUCUUUGAAAUGUUACCACAAAGGGAUCGCCUCCUUAACGGCCGCCAGCACACCACUGAAUCCUCUAAGCUUUCAGUGUGAAUUUGUAAAACUCAGGAUUGAUCUUCUCCAAGCCUUCUCGCAACUCAUUUGUACUUGUAACAGCCUGAAGACAAGCCCUCCCCCUGCCAUCGCCACAACAAUCGCCAUGACCUUAGGAAAUGAUCUUCAGAGGUGCGGCCGGAUCUCCAAUCAGAUGAAGCAGUCCAUGGACGAAUUCCGAAGCCUUGCUUCCCGGUACCGAGAUCUCUAUCAGGCUUCCUUUGAUGCUGACUCAGCAACUCUGAGGAACGUAGAGCUACAGCAGCAGAGCUGCCUGCUGGUAGCCCAUGCCAUAGAAGCCCUGGUUCUGGACCCAGAAUCAGCAAACUUCCAGGAGUACGGGUGCACGGGAGCCGCCCACGCCGACAGCGAGUACGAGAGAAGGAUGAUGACCGUGUGCAGUCGUGUCCUAGAGGAGGUGGGGUCGCUCAACCGGAAAUACGCCCCCGUUUCCUACAUGCACACAGCCUGCCUCUGCAAUGCCAUCGUCGCCUUGCUGAAAGUCCCUCUCUCCUUUCAGAGGUACUUCUUCCAAAAGCUGCAGUCCACCAGCAUCAAGCUUGCUCUGUCUCCUUCUCCCCGGAACCCUGCAGAGCCCAUUGCUGUACAGAACAACCAACAGCUGGCAUUAAAGGUAGAAGGCGUGGUCCAGCAUGGGUCUAAACCAGGACUCUUCCGCAGAAUUCAGUCUGUGUGUCUAAAUGUGUCUUCCACACUACAGAGUAAAUCCAGCCAAGACUACAAGAUCCCCCUCGACAGCGUGACCAAUGAGAUGGAGCAGAGGGUGGAGCCGCACAACGACUACUUCAGCACGCAGUUCCUGCUGAACUUCGCUGUCCUCGGGACGCACAGCAUCACCGUGGAGUCCUCGGUGAGAGACGCCAAUGGCAUCGUCUGGAAGACUGGCCCCAGAACUACCAUGUUUGUCAAAUCCCUAGAAGACCCCUAUUCCCAGCAGAUCCGCCUGCAGCAGCAGCAAGCCCAGCAGCCUCUGCAGCCGCAGCCGCAGCCGCGCAGUGCCUACACCCGCUUCUAACCGUGCCACAAGCACACUGCACAGCCAUCGGACCGCAGGGAAAAUCUGUGUCUGGAUGUGCGUUCAGUGUAAAUGUUACAGUGUGAGAUACAGGGCUCACUGACUUCUGAAGACUCUUUUUUUCUUAAAAGUUGACUUUAAGAGUGGCCUGGCUCGCAGCCAGAAGAUUGCAUUCUUCAUCUGUCCCACACCUCGUGUGUUAGUUGUGUCAUUUUCCUCUGGUUGCUGAGCUCUUCUUUCAUGAACAGUCACAGAUCGUUGGCAUAUUUGACUGUGUCCCUGCCAAACUGUCGUGCUCCCCGGCCCAGCCCUGGACUUCUGACGUGGCAGUGGGAAGUCUUAUCCGGCCAUGCACUGGGGCUUAGACGGCUACAGCACCUGCCUCGCGGACUGUGGGAGCCUCUUGCUGCUUCUCCGCCUCCUGCCCUGGAGCAGCGUUAGCUGUUUGUGUUCACUUUGACCGCAAAGCAGCUGCCUAGAGAAGGUAGAGGUGAUAGCGCAUUGUUUUUGUAACGCGUGACUGUAUGUAGAUUUUUACUGUCUCUCAGAGAAGUCGCUCGCAUGAGUCUCCGUGUUCGGUGUGCUCCUUCCCUCUGGCGUCUGCUGGAGGAGGUGUUGGCUCUACAACUGAUGUCUGGACAGCCAUAUCCGUGACGUAAUCUCAUCGGGGAUGCUCAGGGAGCAGGUUCAAGGCUAGCCAGAAAAGCCCUGGGUACAGCUACCAAGGGUGUGGGCUGUGGGGAAACACAUUUCCCUGUGCAAAUAAAUCCCUUAAUGUCUUU